AUGAUGUUUGGAGUUGGUUUUCUAGGAGUCAUAAUAUCCCUUAGCAGAGUCGCAUACAUUGUCACUGCCAAUCACGCACCCGUAAUUGGUAUCAUCAACGCUUGGGGCGCCUUAGAACAGUGUGUUGGAAUCAUUGUCUGUUGUUUACCUGCUUUUAAAUCGCUGCUCAAAAGAAGACGGUCGAAUAAUAGUGGCUGGGAUAGCAGCGAGCUCGUGGAAAGAACUUUUAACUCUGAUGGUGCUCCUGAGAGUAGAGGGAGGUCAGCGGAGUCUGGAGAUACCUUAGGUUGCAAUAGUGGGAGUUGGAACAGGUCGUUGCCGUCCGAUCGUCAAAGUGUUAUCUUGAGGGUAGAUAGUUUUGAAAGGAUAUCGAGGAUGGAGUCCGUUCGUGAGGUCAUGGAAGCUGAAACGGCGAGUAGGGAGAUGGUGCAGGAUAUCAAGAAUACGGCUCCCACGGAGAAUCAUAAUAUUCGCUGGUCAAAUUAG